CAGCUGACUCGCCUAUCGCCAUCGCACGUUUAAAUAAAAAAUUAAAUACAAACUAAAACUUGCCCUUUUUAACAGAUAACACGCAAAGAAACAUGACUCAAAUCAGUGCGGAAGACAAACUCGACUACGUGAAGUCCAAGAUUGGCGAAUAUCCCAACUUUCCCAAAGAGGGGAUACUAUUUCGCGACAUAUUCGGCGCCCUGACUGAUCCCAAGGCCUGUGUCUACCUGAGGGAUUUGCUGGUUCAGUACAUAAGGCAGAACCAGCCGGAAGUGGAGGUCAUCGUGGGACUGGACUCGCGGGGUUUCCUCUUUAAUCUGCUCCUGGCCACCGAACUGGGCGUGGGCUGUGCGCCCAUACGCAAAAAGGGGAAGCUGGCCGGCGAGGUCGUCUCCGUUGAGUAUCAACUGGAAUACGGUAGCGACAGCUUUGAGCUGCAGCGUCAGGCCAUUCAGCCUGGCCAGAAAGUCGUUAUUGUGGAUGAUCUGCUAGCCACAGGUGGUUCCCUGCUGGCCGCCUCCGAGCUGAUCCGAAAAGUGGGUGGCGUUGUCCUAGAGAGCCUGGUGGUGAUGGAACUGGCCGGCCUCGAAGGUCGCAAGAAGCUGGACUGCAAAGUGCAUUCCCUGAUCAAGUACUGAGGGAGGGUUAAUGCUGGCCUUCCAUAACUGCAUUUACUUACCUCAAAGCGGUCGCGUCCCCUUCAAAUGGCAAUAUUUUUAACAACUUUUAACUGUUUAGUGGGUGUGAAAUCUAUAGUAAAAUAUUUUUGUAUCGAAGUG